GUGAGCCACUUUAUCCUAAACCAACAACCACCCUCUCUCUCUCUCUCUCUCUGUGUUUGCAAAAUCUUUGACCCUCAAAACCUCUUCACAGACACAGGGAGAGAUAGAGCAGAGAGGCCAUGGAAAGGCUCCUGUACUCUUCUUCACCAACCCCUUUCAAGCUCCACCUAAAAUCCUCUUCCUUUGUCCCUCGACUCGGCCGAAUUGACUCACCAAGCCUCGGUUUUCUUCUACCAACUCGCCCCAAGUCCAGGCGGGUCAGCUCAUUCUCUUGCAAAAACGAAAACCCAUCUCCCUCUUCUUCUUUUACAUCGUCUCCAUUGAACAAUUCACCAGCUCUGUCCUCUUCCCGGGCCGGCUCGCCAAAUGGGUUGGUGCCAAACCCCCAUUUUCUCAAACAGAUCGAGGGUGGGGCUUCUGAGCAACGGAAGUCAAUCACUGCUGGGACAUGUAUGGUACUCUCUGCUCUUAUUGUGAUUUUACUCCAACCAGUUUUUGCCCCAGCAGCUUUUGCAACCUUUCAAAGUGCAGCUAAGGCAGGGGGUCCUGCUGCUGCUGCAGUUGGGCGAAGACUGAUCCAGACUGAAUUACUAAGUAGUGCUUGGACUGGUUUCUUUGCUGGUUGCUUACACACAUUAUCAGGACCUGAUCACCUUGCCGCUUUGGCUCCACUCUCUAUUGGCCGUACCCGCAUGGAAAGUGCUGCUGUCGGAGCUCUCUGGGGUUGUGGCCAUGAUGCUGGUCAGGUUAUUUUUGGCUUACUAUUUCUUCUGCUAAAGGAUCGUCUCCACAUUGAAGUAAUCCGAACUUGGGGCACAAGAGUAGUGGGCUUCACUCUUCUUGUUAUUGGUGCUAUGGGCAUUAGGGAAGCUUCAGAAGUCCCCACCCCAUGUGUUGCCUUAGAAAAUGGUGAGUGUGAUGUUGGCGUUUAUGAAGCACUCCAAAACCCAGCCGUUGGGAAGAAGAAGAAGAUUGGUUUUGCAACUUUUGCCACUGGGAUUGUGCAUGGGCUUCAGCCAGAUGCAUUGAUGAUGGUUGUGCCAGCACUCGCGUUGCCUUCUCGCUUAGCCGGAGCUGCAUUUCUUGUUAUGUUCUUGGUGGGAACUGUGGUUGCAAUGGGAAGCUAUACAGUUUUUAUAGGCUCAUGUAGUCAGGCAUUAAAGGACAGGAUACCAAGAAUAACUGAGAAACUCACAUGGGCUUCUUCCCUUGUAGCAAUUGCUCUUGGUCUCGCCAUUAUCAUUAGCCAGCUUUUCGGGUAUAGCCUAUAUUAAUACAUCCUACCAACUUACGAGAUCCACAUUUUGCAAGCUUCCUCAUUAGGGUUAGAAAAAAGAGCUCCGAAAGGAUCAUUCAAUUUGUUUACAGCGGAAGUUAACAAGCAUCUUGCCUUAGUGAGAACCAUCCUCUUUAUAUUUAUCUUCUUUUGCUUUGAAGGUUGUAAUUUUUAGCGUACAAGGGAACCAAUUGCUUUUGAGAAACUUUUUUGUAAUUCUUUUGUGGCAUAUUUCAGAUUGAUUUAGCAA